AUGGCUUCCUUGUCCGAGUCGCGAGUACGGAGAGAUAAGUCAAAAAGUUCCCUAGAUAAAUCAGGAGGAACGACCAGAAAGAACAAGAGGAAAUAUAAUAGUUACAAACAAUUUAUCGGCAACAAAGAAGAAGGACAGGGAUUUGCUGAUAAAAGGAAAAGAAAAAUUAUUUACGAGUACAACAAACUAAAACACAAAGACAGAAAACAGCAGUGGAGAGAACUUAGAAAACAACAGCAUCUUGAUGAAACAGACAAAGGAAGUGCAUCUUUAUCUUUUUCUGGACAUGUGCAAAAGUUGGAUGUUGAAUCAAAGCAAGAUGAAGAUAAUACUCAAGAUGAUAGGCCGAAAGGAAAAAGGAAAAGGAUGAAUCCGUUUUCAAAAGAUCAACUUGAGUUCAAAAGACAACAAGAGGAGAAACAGAAGAAAAUGGAGGAAGCACAAAAGAUAAAAGAAGACAGAGAGAAAGCACUUGCAGAGUACAAGAGAAAGAAAAAGGAGACUCACUGGAAAUUUAGCCAGAAGACUAAAAAAGGACAACCAAUCAUGAAAUACAGAAUAGACCAUUUACUUGAUCAGAUACAGGCACAGACAAGCACAAACAGCUGAUAGGGGGAACCCUCUCUCUGUUAAAGAGAACUGUAGAUUAAUUUAUAAUUCAAACUAUUAAAUGAAAUAAUAAAAUGUUGCAACACUUGCCACAAUAAAUUAUUUUACUAUACCAGUACGUCUUGGCACAUAGUGCUGGUGGGUGACAUAGUGGUUACCAGUGUCCGUCUGUCUGUCUAUACAUCUGUACAGUGUCAUAUCAUGAGCACUAUUGCACAUAGAAACAUUCACACUGUUGCAUUGAACGCUACAUUUGAGCAACAUAUUUAUUAUAUGGUUAUGUGACCUCUUAAAAAUGCAUAUAUAUCUGAAUCACUAUCAAGCAGUAAUUUAUUGAAGAUAUUGUACACUAUAUCUGAUCAACAUAGUUAAUGACUUUAUAUGGUCAUGUGAGCUCAUUAAAAAUGUAUAACUAUUAUAU